CAUGGAAGAACAGUUGUUGAUCACACAGCUGAGCUAAAACCAGGUUGGACCAGUUGUCCCAGCCUGGCUAGGUUGCUGAAGAAGAUCAUGUUGGUGAAUUCAGAAGUGUUUGUAAUUCAUAAAUCUGUGCCACUAAAGAGUUUCCAUGUUGAGGAUUGGCUUAUCUCAGAGUUCAGACCUAAGAAGUUCCACAAGCUUCAGUGGAAACUUUCUGCUGUUGCUGCAAGUGCUUUACUAAUGAUGUUGCAGUGCUUAAAGCAAGCUCUUGAAAAUGGGAGGUGCAGUGAGCGCAGGAGAAGAUAAUGAUGAAUUGAUUGAUAACCUGAAGGAGGCACAGUACAUCCGGACAGAGCUGGUGGAGCAGGCAUUCCGAGCCAUCGAUCGAGCAGAUUACUACCUGGAAGAGUUCAAAGACAAUGCCUACAAGGAUCUGGCGUGGAAGCAUGGAAACAUUCAUCUGUCAGCACCGUGCAUUUACUCUGAGGUGAUGGAAGCUUUGGAUCUGCAGCCAGGGCUGUCAUUUUUGAAUCUUGGCAGUGGCACUGGUUAUCUGAGCUCUAUGGUUGGACUCAUCUUGGGUCCUUUUGGUGUUAACCACGGUGUGGAGCUUCACUCCGAUGUGAUCGAGUACGCCAAGCAGAAGCUGGACUUCUUCAUUAAAACCAGUGACAGCUUUGACAAAUUUGAAUUCUGUGAGCCCUCUUUCGUUACUGGCAAUUGCUUGGAGAUCUCUCCUGACUGCACUCAGUACGACCGUGUUUACUGCGGUGCUGCUGUCCAGAAGGAACAUGAAGACUACAUGAAGAACCUCUUGAAAGUUGGGGGAAUUCUUGUCAUGCCUCUGGAAGAGAAGCUGACCAAGAUCACUCGUACUGGCCCUUCUGCCUGGGAGACCAAGAAGAUUCUGGCUGUGUCCUUUGCUCCUUUGGUUCAGCCAAACCAUGCAGACUCAGGGAAAUCCAGGCUCGUGCACUUGCCCCCUGUGGCGGUUCGCAGCCUCCAGGACCUGGCUCGCAUAGCCAUCAGAGGAACCAUCAAGAAGAUCAUCCACCAGGAAGCCCUGAGCAGAAGUGGCCCCGGGCUGAAGGACCCGCCACGGUUCAAGCGGCGCCGCCUGCGCCGCCGCCGGCUGGAGACCAUCGUGUUCCUGGACAAGGAGGUCUUUGCCAGCCGCAUCUCCAGCCCCUCGGAUGACAACAACAACAGCGAGGACCCCGAGGAGGAGAGGCGCGAGGAGGAGGAAACCAAACCCUCUGAGCUAAAGCCCGAGCCCCCUGUAAACUUUCUGAGAGAAAAGGUCUUGAGCCUGCCUUUGCCUGACCCCUUGAAAUAUUACCUGCUCUAUUACAGGGAGAAGUAAUUCCCUCCUCCGAGAGAGUGGGGAGUAGGCAGAAGAUGCUACAUAGGGCUUGACAAAUGUAUACCACUUGCUUGCCUGCUAAAAGACCACCCAAGGCAGUAGGCUAGCUGGGGAAUGUCGCUCCUGUACACUUAAACUUGAUAGCUUUUAUUUUUUUUUUAUUUUUUUGAGUUUCUUCUAUCUCCUCAGUUGUGUGCUAGAGUUUUAUCCUACAGCAGGGAUUCCUUAGGAAGCAAGUUGGUGAAAUGCUCAGCUGCUGAUAGAAAGGAGGAUUGAAUUCCCUGAGACUACCUGUGCAGAGACACGAAAUAUCUCGUGGCUGCUCUGCUGAACUGCAGGUUUAAAUCCUUUCAAGCAGUUCCUAAAGCCCUUGGCUGUGUCUGCUCUCUCCCACUACACCUGCCAUGUGUUUACUCUGGUGUGUGUUUAAGGGAGGCUGAAGAUCAUUAGUAAAAACUAACCUGGGCAAUUCUUGUCUCAUCCAGUCAUCUAAAAACAGCACAACUUUGGCAAGAAGGGAAGAAUCCUUGGUGUUACCUUAGGUCCUAUCCAGGUUUUGAACAAGAAGGAAAGCAUCAGUUCCUCUUUGCUUGGUCUCAGUUUUGUUUAGAAAUAUCUAUAAUUAGUAAAAGGUUAAGGAGUAUAAAUGUUUCAGAGAACAUUGGUUUUCUUGGUGGGAAACAGCUGUUCUGGUGAAUUGGUCUAAGAGAGGCAAAGCUCUUGCUUGGUUUCAUUUAUUAUAGCGAUGGAAGCAAGGGAAGAAUUGCAAACCUGAUCAGCUUUGGCAGGAUGCUGGGAGAGUCAGGGCUGGGGCUAUUGUCUGUGGAGAUAUUUACAGAGUAACUCUGGGUGGGGAAGAGGGUAGAGAGGAGAAGCAGAGCAGAGAGGUUGUGAAAACUUGCCUGUGAAAGCAGAAUCUGUGGAUUUUGCUGCUGUGCGAGAGAUCAGCUGGGGCGAAGAGAUGGGAGUGCAGUAUGCUGGGCUGAGCAGGGUGCUUUGUGUCCUGGUGGAUAAGCCAAAUGGAGCUUUGUGGAGGGUGUGUAGAACCUGAAAACACUCUACAAAGCCACAGUGAUGCAGCCCUUAGUGCUCCUGUGUGUGUGCAGCCUGCAAGGUGGCUGGAGCACAGCCAUGCACACACCAUCCACAUACAUGGGUGGAAUGAUGUUGAUUCACUUGCUAGGUGAUUUUCUUCCUGCAGCGAUUAAGGAAUGUUUUAACAGGCUCAUGCUGAAGGACCUUGCACCCUGCAGUUCUGUGGAUGUGAACUCUGAAUUUUUAUCCUCAAGUCUUCCUGAAAUGGUGAUGGAAGGAGAUAGGUUUAGGAAGGGAAGUUUGGAUCAGCCUGUUAGAAGAAUCUACCUAAACCAGUAAAGGCUGGAGAGAAACCUUCAAGCUUGUGUUGAUGUCAAACACCCCUAAAGCUGGGAGGGGGUUAAAACUCCCUUCUCAGUAGGUAAUGAAGCUAUGGUAAGGCAUUGCCCCAGCAGAAGGACUUCAGUUGAUGUCACUUUGAUAUCUUCUGUGGGUUUUUUUAUUGGGCUGGCAGCUCACUGUGUGAGGAGGAAUGGAUGAAGAGUGGCCAAAAAUCUGUUGGGGUUUCAGUUAAUGGUGCUGAGUUGCACAGCUUGCUUAGUGCUAAACAGUGUCUCCAAGUUCUGUGUGGCUUGAAAAUAAACAGAUGACUUUGAUGUCUGAGUCUGAGGUAGAGAAUUCUUCCUUGCUCUUCAUUUUUUUGGUGUAUUUUUAAGAGUGUCAGAUAAUGUGGUGUCUGCCAUGUGGCUGCUGGCACAUACAUGGUUGUAGGCUGUGUUUUGCUUCUCAUUUCCCAAGUCCCCACUUCUGGUCUCAGUGCACCCCAAACCACCUUGCUCCCUCAGGUUUUAGUUCGUUGUUCAAACAGGGCAGUUCUGUGGCCACUGAGCUGAUGGUUUCCUGUACACAUGCAAACACCCCUGGUGUGAAUCUGGCAACUACCAUGAACUUCUAUCUACAAAUGAAAAUCUUGGAGCUGGUGGCAAAUAGAGGCUUAGCAUAAUCAAGGUGUGAGACCUCUUUGUGUUUCCCCACAGGCUGUCACCUCCAUCUGGGAGGCUUUUCUGCUCUUUAGCUGUCAUACCAGGUGCCUUUCUGAAUUGUGGCACAGUUUGGUAUCCCUACAUAGAACAGGGUGCUCCUGCUUCUGGUUUCCAGGUCAUACUUCAGUUUGUUGAUUAAAAAACUUCUUUUAAAGCACCUGAUGUUUUGGGUCAGAUAUAGGAAAAUCUAGAAAAGAGCAUACUGAGACUGGAGAUUAGGAAGAAAUUCUGUACAGUGAGGGUGGGGAGACACUGGCACAGGUUGCCCAGGGAGGUUGUGGAUGCUCCCUCCCUGGAGGUGUUCAAGGCCAGGCUGGAUGAGGCCUUGAGCAAUCUGGGCUGGUGGGAGGUGUCCCUGCCCAUGGCAGGGGGUUGGAGCUGGAGGGUCUUUUGAGGUCCCUUGCAACCCGAACUAUUCUGUGAAGGUCUUGCUGAGAUCCUGUUAAAGCUGACCAGUUGUGGGAGAAUUCUUUUCCAUUUAUCCCUGUUGGAUUUUCAGCCCCAUCCUACCCCUAGCUGUCAAAAGAUCUUUUAGCAGAUUUUUCACCAGAUUUGCCUUUGUUUGUUUAUUUGUUUGUUUUUAAUCACAUCUGCUAGAUUUUUUGUAGCUUUCUAUAAGAUGCCUAUAAAAAUACUGCUAUUUUUCCCUGGAAGUUAUUGACAAAUAAAUAUUUAUACAGGAAAUUUUUGUCCUGGGUUAUCAGAGUAUCCUCAAACCCCACAGAUCCAAACAACCCCAUAGCAGAAAUGUGAUGUGUAGUAACAGCUGUGAGCUAGGAUUGCCUAGAGCCUGGAAAUGAAGGGCAGCUAAAGCCCUUUCCCCUGUGCACAGACACUUGCACUGUGGUUUUCUUUGUGGAUUAACUGCAGCACAACUGCUUCUGUAGAGUCUGGAAGCUGUCUGGUGGUUUUUACCUGCUUUAUUUCCCUUCUUGCUCUGAUGUUUCUCUUCAUUUUGACUGGAUCUGACUCCUUUUAAGUCAUAAAACUUAACUUGCAGAAAGAACUGAACUUGAAGCUGCUUUAAUCACUAGUGUGUAAGUUACCAAAACAAAACUCUCUGUAGAAACUAGAGUGAAGCUGGCCUGAGGCAUG